UCUGCCAGUGCCAAAACCAAACAUUAAAGUUCAAACAUGACUGCUUUGGUGUAUGGAUAGCUAUGGAGUACGAUCUGUGUAUAGUUGGGACUGGACUGUGGGGUUCGGCAGCAUCAAGACAUGCUAGCAAAUCAACAGGAAGAAAAGUCUGCCUCAUUGGACCGAGUGAACCAACGCAACAUGAACGCCGUGAACUUGAGAUUUUCAGUUCUCACUAUGACGCAGGACGAAACGUACGCAAAUAUCAAGGAACAAAUCACUACCGAUGCUUGCUCUCAAUGAGAACCCUGGCGAACUUGAGGGAACUAGAAAAGAUUUCAGGUACCAAACUUUUCAACGAGGUUGGACACCUCAUGUACGGCGAAAAGCUCCAUGAACAGUUAUCACCGAUUGCUCAGGAGGCAGGGAUAUUCCUAUCGGCUUCCCAACUCAGAGACCGCUAUCCCUUCCUAGACAUUAGCCAAUAUGGCGACACCUCUUUUCUCUUUCCGCACGAUGCCGGCUACGUCAAUCCACGCCUUCUUGUUGGUACCCAGCAGAGGGUUGCUAAGCAACAAGGAUGUGACAUCAUCGACGACGUAGUAGAAUCUGUGACGGAGACCAAGACAGACGACGGGGAGCCAGUGAUGAGGGUGAUGACCACGAGAGGGCGUACUCUCUCAGCCAAGAAGGUGCUACUUUGUACUGGAGUCUUCACAAACUUCAAGAAGCUUCUUCCUCCUCAUCUGAAGCUUGACUUUAAGAUCCAUGGGACUUUCUUGGUGAAGCUGGAGGUUGCCAGGUCAGACCUGGAGAGGUUCGGCACAAUGCCAUGUACCUCAUCGUACACCAAUACACCUGAAGACUCAUAUUCACUGCCUCCAAUACAAUACCCCGAUGGUAAUUACUACAUGAAGAUUGGCCGGCUCAGUAACGACGGUCAUGUACCACUUACCACCCUGCAAGAAGUGAAAGAAUUUUACGUUUCAACCAAGACUGACGACGCUUCGGUAAACGUCUUCAAAGACAUUAUGGUUGAUAUUGUGAAAGGUUUCAGCCCUUUAUCAGUGCAAUCUGAAACGUGUAGUGAAUUGAAAACUCCGUCUAAACUCCCCUACUGCGACAUGGUCUCGCCCAGACUGGGCAUCGCAAUUGGCGGAAACGGUUUAGGAGCGAUGAUGUCUGACGAAAUGGGGAGAAUGGCAGCUGAGAUGAUCGGAGCGACAGAGGGAUGGAAUCUUGAUAUUCCAAAGGAGCAACUGAGAGCAAGAUUCGUUCUACCAAAACCUAAUUUGUAAAAAAAAAAAAAAAAUUAUAGCACUAUAGCAGAUCUUGAAUUUUGCCAUUUUAUGAAGUUAUGCAUCCGCAUCAAUGCGAUGUGAGGGCAUCCCACACCAACUCGAGAAUUGGUUGCAGCCCCCACUCUGCCCUUAUAUCACUGAAUCCGAUAACAACAACGAAUCAAAGAGUUACAGUUCAUUAAUAAUAAUUAUUAUUGUUUUAUCCUUCUCCGGAUCGGAAUAUACCGAGGGAGCAACAAAAUCGACUGUGGCUGCAAACCGUAGAACUAAAGAUACCUGGGAUGGAUUUCACAAAGAGUUAGGACUAGUCCUAACUUAGGACUAUAGGACUAGUCCUAGGGGAUAUACAAAAC